AUGGUAUCCAUUCCACAGGGUAGCAGAGGCCAAUCCUGGGACACUGUCAUCGCUGCCACCUGCUGCCGCAGCGAUAGGUGGCAUUUUCCAGCUCGUGAGGACUUUGCAUCACCACAACAUGGGCAUGAGUUGAGGGUCCCAGCCAGAGGCGGAGGCUGGGGAGGCGGAGGCGGCAGAGGCAAUUGGAACGGCGGCAGGGGAGGCGGCGGCCGUGGUGGCGGUGGCCCUGGGAGGGGCGGGGGUGGUGGCGGCUGGAGCAACCAGAGCCCGGGCCGUGGCGGAUCAAAUUACGGCGGCAACAACUGGCAACAGGGCCAAGGCAACCGCUUCGGAGCCCUUCAGCAGCAGCAGCCUCAGCAGCCACAUGGCGGCAGCGCCGACUUCAAGGGGGCGGUGAGGGCCAAACAGGAGGAGGUGAACCAGCUGUUGGCGCGUGCUCGGGACCGCCGCGGCGGCUCCCUGCCCUCCCUGGGGGGUCCGCCCAUCCGCGUGCACAACAGCUGGUUGGCGCAGUUCCUAGGACCCCAGGGGCUGGGGGGGGCCGCUGGGGGGCCGCCGGGGGGGCCGACAUCUCAGACAGUAGCAGGAGCUGGGCCACCUCCUGCACCUCAGUGGCCUGUCCAGGUUCAGGUCGCCGCAGGAUUCGGCACCGCCCUGCAGCCGCAAGCCGCCGGAGGUUUCGGCUUUGGCGGCCAGCAGCAACAGCCGCCGCCUGCAGCAGUAGCAGGUGGCGUGCCCCUGGGAGGAGGGGUAACCGGCGCCCCAGGAGCACAACCUGGCGGCGGCGGCGGCGGCGGUUUCGUCCAACCGCCUGCUUUUGCAGCCACCGGAUUCGGCCAGGCUGCGGCCGCGGCGCCGGCAGCACCUGCCCUAGGGGGCUUUGGGGCACCGGCGGCGGCGGCGGCAGCGACGGGUUUUGGUCAGCCAGCGGGCUUCGGAGCGCCAGGGGGAUUUGGAGCUGGAGCACCGGCCCAGCAGCCGGGAGCAGCGAUGAUGGGUGGUUUCGGUGCUGGGGCCGGUAGCUUCGGAGCAGCGCCGGGCGGCGGCGGCGGCGGCGGCGCCAAGGCUUCGCCCUUCAGCCAGUUGCCGGCAGCAGCACAAGCAGCGACAGUGAUGGUCGCUCCGGCUGGCGGUGGCGCUGGAGCAACGGCACCUGGCGGUGGUGGCAGUGGUAGUGGUGGUGGUGGUGGUGGUGGGAGAGGCAAUGCGGAGGAGGAGUCUCAGGCGUUCCGAGCUACGGCGUUCUCCCUAGGCAAGAUUCCCGAGACGCCGCCGCCGCCGGAGCUUUGCUACUGAGUAAGGCCCGCGCAUUCACAGCUUAAAGCUACUUGGCGGAGGAGGAAGAGAGACGGACACCACCAGGAGGGCUUCCGGAGAUUUCCACUCUUCUUUUCCACAUGGGGACUUUCCCCCCUGCCCUGUUGCCAAGAACACGUGAUGGCGCGCACGCAUGCAAAGAGGUAUUGACACCGGAAAGACACACGGCGGUUCGGCAGGCCGUAUGAGGUGAUGUGCAAGGAGGCUAAGGCACCAUGGGGGUUCUG